AUGGAGCCGAGGAUCCGCGCCCUUGAGCUGCUCGGGGUGGCGAUCUCUGCGUGCGCGUGGAUAUUCACGCUGGCGGCCACGCUCAGGUCGGCCUGGCUCACGCUGUCCACGGAGCUGCUACCCACGGAGAGCUACGAGCUGGGCCUGUGGGAGACGUGCGUGGUGCAAGACGUGCAAGGCGCCCUCUUGUGCCAACGCCACGACAGCCUGCUGGCCCUGCCGCGUGACAUCAAGCUGGCGCGCGUGCUCGUGUGCGCUGCGCUGUGCGCGGGACUGCUGGUGCUCGCGCUCGCCAUCCCGGGCUCCCACGCGGUCAACGUGCGCGUAGAAAGCCGAGUCAAAAAAGUGAUGAAAAUGUGCAGCGGGGCGCUGAGCGUCAUCUGCGGGCUUUUAGUGCUCGUCCCCGUGUCGUACGUGGCCCACGCCGCGGCGUUGCGCUUCUUCGACGAGUCGGUGCCGGACGUGGCACCGCGCUGGGAGUUCGGGGACGCGCUCUACUGCGGGUGGACAGCAGGCGUGCUGCACCUGAUGGCCGGAACCGUGCUGCUGGCAUCCUGUGCGCCUCUGGGACACCUGCGCUCCCGCGGAGCGCUGGAUCGGCUGCAGGCGGGACCGAGAACGGAGUACGUGUAA